GGUCGAUGCUCCGACGAAAGCAUAGGAUCUGGCGUCACAUCCCUGUCCUUCCUUCACUUCUGCUUCUGGGUCCAGCCCUAUGAGCUCCUGUUAAUAAGCGAGAGACUAAUGCCAAAGUCCGUCGUUGCAUGCAUUCGCCUCCAUCCCUCCGAUAACAUAUUUUUUGCUAGGUACACACAUUUCACUUUCUGAUAAUAUCAUUGGCCCCAGGUACUCUGGUGCAUCACGCUUUUGAGGGUCCUGUAGUCCUCCAGGGGAUAAGAGCCUUGCCUCUUGGUACCCCUGCAGGGCUUCGAAUAUUAGAGGUUUCCACGUUGGCGGAACCCCCAGGCAGGGCCACGUCCUCCUUCCAAAAACAUUUGCCUCGAUGAUACUGAUUGAUAUCCUUAUCCUGUUCGUGCUCUCAGGUAGCAAAAGUCACAUCCCUUUCCAUAACCCCCAAAUAUUUUAAGCCUUUAAACCCACUCUCUCCAUACCACCUGGAGUUUCGCCCCCUACUCACUUCCUCUUGGCGUGCUGAAGCAAUAGUCGAUUCAUUGCGUCCAGAUCCAGGCGCAAACGAGCCAGGCACCUUGCAGGUCCUAGGAUCGUUUUCACUGGCCAAUGAAAAGGGAGCAACCGGAGGUAUCUCCGGGUUUUUGCUGGGGUCCUUUAGACCAUCUACCGGUCUCGCUCUCGUCCCUGUGGCAAGCCGUCGCGAGAGAUCAAAUAUAAGUCCAUCGUCUUAGACUGUGGGUAUUGGACGGGCCCUCUGCCCGAUGAGUCCAAUUAAUGUUAUGCCCCGGUACCAAACCAUCAUCUCCUUUUACUUUCUUUUCCCUACUACCCAAGAAUCCAGUGCUCGAUACCCAUUGGGUGCACUUUGGUGACCUAAAAUCAGAUCAGGGCUGUACGCUCACCUUGCAUCACCCACCCACCAAUCCUUUCAACCUCCAUUCCGGGCUCGGGGUCUUACCUAUUUCCUUCAAUAAUCCAAAAGGCCACACCCACAAGGGAGGCCUCUUGGGGGAAACACACGGACUCUGUCGGAUGUCAGGUUCCGGCAGGUUCCGCGCCCUCCGUCCACUGGAUGAGUCGACGGCACUGCAGGCUAACGAGGCGGACGCUGUUAGGGAGGGUUCAGCUUCCAGCGUGAGCCUGUCGCCGAUUCUAGCAUCAUCUUCCAGCGCCCCCGUCAGGACGCAGAACCGAACGCUGUCUGCGUGUCUGAGGUGUCGAAGAAGCAAAGCAAAGUGCACUGGAACUCGACCAAGAUGCAGACGAUGCAGCGACAACGAUGUUAGCUGCGAGUACGACGCCGACCCCGACAUCACGCCCUCGCUUACCGUCAAGCGGCGCAACAUCGAGCUCCUGAAGGAGAACCAAGAACUGCGCCAGGUGAUUGGCUUCAUGGCGACGCGACCGUGGCAGGAGACAGAAGAGGUGUUUCAGAGGUUACGAGAGGGAAUGGAUCCGCUGGAAGUGUAUGCUGCCGUCAUUGCUGGCAGGACGGACAGUAGUGGUGGUCUUGUCACUUCAACUUUGCAGCCUCCAUCCCAACAUCGCCCUCCUGGCGAAAGCGGAUGGGAUGGAGGAGGUGGUCUACAGCAUCUUCCUCCUCCUCAAGGGGAGGUUCGUGGUCUAGCGGUACAGCAGCAGCAACAGUCGACAGAAGGGAGAACGAGCAGAGGCACGAGGAGGCCAUCGGAGCGCCUCGACAUUGCAUCUCUGCUGUCAUGAAAACACUUAUGCCAUUUAAUGG